AUGGACAUUCCACUCGAUUCCCCUCCUCCAGCACCCAAUGACAAGUGCUACAAGUUAACUUGUCGUGCCAACGAAUGGUUUGAGCGCCAUCAGUACCACGAAGCUAUCACCGAAUACACCAAAGUGAUCCAGCAGUUGGCCUUGACGGAUGCAAACCAACAAGCAUUUGGCGCUCUUGUCUAUUGUAAUCGCAGUGCAAGCUAUCUACAUAUGAGACAAUAUCAUGCGGCAAGGGAUGAUGCUGGGCGAGCAAUAGAGUUACGGUCGUCUUGGGCAAAGGGAUAUUAUCGACAUGCUGAAGCUUUGAUGAAGUUACGACAAUUUGAUAAUGCCAUUUACUAUUACAAACAAGCGUUGGAAAGGGACCCUGAGAAUGGCGAGAUCAGUGCACGGAUUGCAAGGGCUUUACUAGAAAAGGAUAAUGAUACUAUGGGAAUCGAUAUCAUCCAAGUGAUGCCAGGACGUGACAUUGCAACGCAACGCAGCUUCCAUAAGCCUAUCCAGAAUCGUAUCUAUGAGUUUGCCGAGGUGAUGCGCAAUAUCAUUUACAUCGUGGCUGAUAAAGCAACCAAACAAUGCGUGGUAGUGGAUGCAUGCUGGGAUAUUGAUGGCAUUUUCCGGAUUGUGGAAGAAUAUGGAUAUGACAUUGUGGCAUCUGUCGUGACACAUUAUCAUUUUGACCACGUGGGUGGAUCGCCGCCUCCGCCUUAUGACACUUUACCAAUCAAAAUCAAUGGACUCGCCACACUACUCAAACGACUUCCUCACAUCAAGGCCUAUGUUCAUCCAGAAGAUAUCCAUUACAUUCGACAAGCCAACCCAACUAUCCCGGCAAAUCGUUUGGCGGCUACUAUGGCGGCAGCUACAGAAACCUUGGAUAUCGGCAGCAAAACUCAUAUUCGCUUCAUACCAACACCAGGCCAUACGCCAGGAUCACAAGCUCUUCUUGUCAAUGAUUGUCGAUUGAUUGCAGGCGAUACUCUAUUAUGUGGAUUUUGUGGUCGUACCGAUCUUGAAGGUGGUGAUCGUCGUGCUAUGGAGCAAACAUUACGAUACACUUUGGGGCAAUUGGAUGAUCGAGUGGUGGUUUACCCAGGGCAUCAUUAUGGUUCCGAUUGGUCUACCAUUGGUAUUGAACGCGACAAGGGUUGUCUAGGAGACGAUCUCGUUGGCUACGGCACCGAUCAUAUCAAUCCACAACCUUUUCCAGCAGCGAUAACGGGUGGUCCACGAUCACGUGCUUCAACAUUAUCCAAUUACUAG